CCGUCUUAGCCCUCUUUUUUUUUUUUUUUUUUUUUUACCCCUCUUUUGGCCUUUUUUUGUGAUUUAUUAUUACCCUACGAUUACGCGAAAUAUGUCAGUUCGUGGUAUAAAAGCUACGAGAUUGGAUUCCUUCUCACGCUAAACUGAAAAAUUAGGGUUGUGUCAGCAGCAUUUGGGACUUGCAAAGAGAUAAAAAUGCCUCGUUAUGAUGAUCGAUAUGGCAGCAACACUCGCCUCUAUGUUGGUCACUUAUCUUCAAGGACUCGUUCCCGUGAUUUGGAGUAUGUCUUCAGUAAAUAUGGAAGAGUACGAGAUGUGGAUAUGAAGCGAGAUUAUGCAUUCGUGGAAUUCAGUGAUCCAAGAGACGCUGAUGAUGCUAGAUAUUACUUGGAUGGAAGAGAUGUUGAUGGGAGUCGCAUUACUGUGGAAUUUGCAAAAGGGGUACCAUGUGGACCUGGAGGGGUUCGAGAGUAUGUUGGCAGGGGUCCUGCUCCUGGUGCUGGACGCUGCUUUAACUGCGGUCUUGAUGGCCACUGGGCCCGAGAUUGCAAGGCUGGAGACUGGAAGAAUAAGUGUUAUCGCUGUGGGGAAAGAGGCCACAUUGAAAGGAACUGCCAGAACAGUCCUCAGAAGCUCAAAAGAGAUCGGAGCUACUCACAUUCGCCAGUCAGAUCACGUUCUACUCGCGGUGGCAGGAAUAGGAGUCCAAGUUUCAGCCGAAGUCGUAGCUACAGCCAGUCGAGGUCCCCUCCCAGAAGAGGGAAAAUUGUUGAGUACGAAGAAAGGAGAUCGAGGAGUCCAGGCAUCAGCAGAAGUCCCUUGCUAAACAGUGGCACUCCUCCCUCCAAAACAAGGAAGCGCAGCCCAACACCUGAUGGAGACAGCCCUAGAGAAAGAGGAAGUCCCUUUCUCAUCAGAGAGGAAAUAAUGUCUGAGCAAAAUAGGUACAGUCAAAGUCCCAAGGAAUCGAGCCGAAGUCCUGCUAGUCCUGAAAGGGAAAGUCUAUACCAAUACAAUUUCUUCUAUAUAAAACAGACGGACGGAGAGAGAGAUCCUCCCAGAUUCAACAGACUUAUAAUCAGUGAGCUUGAGCCUGAGCCUGAGCCUGAGCCUGAAUUUGGCGACUAUGAUUCCUAUUAUCUCACUUGGUAUGACAGUAGCUAUGGUGGUGAUGGCCCUUAUGGACAGCCCUUUUCAUCUUCUCAAGAGAGGCCCUUUGAUGAUUACAAUUCCUCACUUCAUGAGGAAGCUGAUGAUGGAAUGGAAUUGCCUUACAGUGGUCAUGGAAAUAUGCUUGGAGGUUAUGAAUCCUACUUUUGUGGCUACUGGGGAGAAGAUGAUGCCUGUUCUGAUAGAGGAUAUGAAGCUUAUGGCAGCAGCUUAGGUAAAGAAGACAGUCAUUGUCAAGGCGAAGAAAAUUUGGAUAGUUAUUAUACAUCCAAUGAUAUGCAACUUGGCUAUGGUGAUGAUCAGUGGUCUUCAUAUGGUGGUUUUAGUUUCAGAGUGGGUGGCAUGGAAGAUUUUCAUGACCAUGAUUACCAAGAGCUUCCAUAUAAUAACAGCUGGAAUGAUUCAAAUGAGAUAAUUCCAUAUGAAAGAAUCUUUGGUUACUGA